GUUUCAAAGCCUCACAGGCAACCUGCUGCGUGUGACCGCUCACAGUCUCAUUGAGUUAGAACAACAUGGGUCGACAGAAGAUCUAUCUGGAGAAAUUGUCCCAGUUCUUUCAGCUCCGUAACCUGCUGCUCCGCCAGGCCCUGGCAGAAUGCCUUGGCACUCUCAUCCUUGUGAUGUUUGGCUGUGGCGCUGUGGCCCAGCAGGUGCUGAGUGGCGGUUCACAUGGCAUGUUCCUCACCGUUAACUUUGCCUUCGGCUUCGCUGCCACCUUAGGCAUUCUGGUCUGUGGCCAGGUAUCAGGUGGUCAUCUGAACCCUGCGGUGACAUUUUCACUUUGUCUGCUUGGAAGAGAACGCUGGAGAAAGUUCCCCAUGUACUUCCUCUUUCAGACAAUCGGUGCAUUUUUUGGCGCUGCUGUAAUUUUUGGCAUGUACUACGAUGCCUUAUGGGACUUCCCCGGAAGUUUUAAUGUGACAGGACCUGAUGCAACAGCUGGCAUUUUUGCCACAUAUCCUGCAAGUCAUCUGACCAUUGUCAAUGGCUUUUUUGAUCAGCUUAUUGGCACAGCAGCAUUGAUAGUUUGCGUUCUGGCCAUCGUGGAUCCAUACAACAACCCCAUCCCACAAGGGCUGGAGGCGUUCACUGUGGGUUUUGUGGUUCUGGUCAUUGGACUGUCCAUGGGCUUUAAUUCUGGUUAUGCUGUCAAUCCUGCCAGAGACUUGGGACCACGUCUUUUCACCGCUUUAGCUGGCUGGGGAAGUGAGGUUUUCACGGUUGGAAAUGGCUGGUUCCUGGUGCCCAUUUUUGCCCCUUUCCUUGGUGCCAUCAUCGGCACAAUGAUCUACCAGAUGAUGGUUGGUUUUCACGUGGAGGGAGAAGUACGUGAUAGAACCGCGAAUCGCGAGAGGGAGAAUGUCCCACUUACCGAUACCAACUCCAAUGCCAAGUCUAAAGAAAUGCCUUGAGUGAAAGCAGCUUGUUGCCUAAAAUAUGCACAUGUAAAUAGUUUACAUUCACUUUCAAUUUCUGCCGCAGCUACCUUUGGUUAGACCAUCUUCACAACAAAUGGAACACUGUUUUUGGAAGUUAUAUGUUUGUGACUUUAGCCCAUUUUCUUUACAUUGUGGUAUAACUACUGCAUUGUAGAUGAAAUGUUUUGUACAAGAUGUCUAGAAACACUAAUCCUGAUAGACAGAAUUGCAUUCAUUUUAUAUACAUACAAACACGUAAACCUUUGUGUUUUAAAACUUCAUUUUUUACAGUAUUUUAUAUUUUGUAAUAUCUUAUUUUUAUAGUGUUUUUUUAGUUUAUUCUCUUGAGAAAGGUUUCUUUUAAAGUUGCAUUUGUAAGUGUUUACCUCCCAGGAUUUAAAUGGAUUUUAUCCAAUCAGAUGCUUUCAAAAUGUCACUUUGGGGAAAUCUUCCAGUCUUUAUGUAAAAAAUGUACUGUUUCUGCUAAUAAAUAUGUUGUGAAAAACAAUCAUUAUAUCAACAUACACAA